UGGCCCGCAUUCUUUGCCGUAGAAAGUUUAGUGACUUUAAAGAAGGGAUUUGGGAGAAAAUGUGGAGCGCAUGCGCCAUCUAGAAGUUUUCCCCCGCGCAUCAGUGCUAGGGUUUGCUAGUUUGAGAGAGGAGGCGACGAGGCAGGUGACAGGAGAACGACUGGCUCUUCAACACACACGCACACACACACACACACACACACACUAUCGGGCGGGGGUUAUCUCCACGAGCGUACCUUCUCCAUCUCUCACACAGUACUGCUGCUUGGAGUUUUCUUCCAGUGGCGAGCUUGGAGUGGAUUUGCGGCAAUUCGUGUCUUCCACCACUCAAAAGUUGGAUGUGUUGAACGCACUUUUUGCGGGUAAAGGUUUUGUGACAGAGUAAAUCAACCGAGGAGUUCAGGAGAGAGCGGCGUCUUUCUGUGCAGAAUGGAGGAUGAAAUAACGGCUUCAGGUUUGUGGCGAGGAACCCUGCAGUGUGGAUGUUACCACAGGUAAAACGCGCUCCGAGUUCAAGGUGUCACCGCUGUAGGAUCUCCUCACCCAUCACCAGUUCAUGUGUUUACCUGCGCUUUACACACUGGUGCCAGCCCGUCGGAACCUCUACAAAUCUGCAAGGAAACUUGGAAGGAUAAAGCUACCUCUAUCAAUCCUCCCAACCAUCAAAAGAGCGUUGGCAACAGUUUAUUACAGCUGACGUUUCUGGCCACGGGCACUUGCUAGUUAGUUUCUUGUGAAUGUUUUAUUUGUCAUUAAGUGUUUCCGCGGAUUCACUCCCACGUUUGUUAAAAGCUCUAAUUAUUCAUAGUGCUGCUGGACAUUGUAAAUAGCCUCCGUCGUCUCUGCAAGAGCUCUCCUCUCCGCUAUCCCGCGCUCACGGAGCGCAUUCGUCGAUAACGGGUCGCUUAUGCCAGUCUUCCGACACUGAGCCGCAGGACUACCACGGUUACUGCCACCUUCCUCCAUUACACACCGGACACUAUCCCGUACAACCCCGAUUUAGCACUAACUGCUUUGGAUUGAAACCAACCUGAGCCAACGGUAUCGGUAAAAGGAGUCUCUCGAGCCCACUACGGCCUUGGCACUGGAAUUAUUCCUUUAAUAAUCAUCUCACCAAGUGGAUUAUCGUUCGUAAAGAAUUGUUUUCCGUGAGCUGAUCCAGUAACUGAUCCAGCAUGUUGUUCCUGCGGCGGCUGGUGCAUGUAUGCUGUCCCUCGGCACCGGCGGGGAGUGUGUUGGACUCCAGACAGUGUGUGUUCGCCCUCACACUGCUCACACUGCUCCUGCAGGUGGUGGUGGAGGCCAACUCAUGGUGGUCUCUAGCCAUGAACCCUCUGCUGAUCCCGGAGGCCUACAUCAUCGGUGCCCAGCCUCUGUGCAGCCAGCUGGUGGGUCUCUCCCAGGGCCAGAAGAAGCUCUGCCAGCUCUACCAGGACCACAUGCAGUACAUUGGCGAGGGCGCCAAGACGGGCAUCAGGGAGUGCCAGUACCAGUUCAGACACCGCCGGUGGAACUGCAGCACCGUGGACAACUCCUCCGUGUUCGGACGGGUCAUGCAGAUAGGAAGCAGAGAAACAGCGUUUACGUAUGCCAUCAGCGCGGCGGGGGUGGUCAAUGCCGUGAGCAGGGCUUGCAGAGAGGGGGAGCUGUCGAGCUGCGGCUGCAGUCGGGCUGCACGUCCCAAAGACCUGCCUCGUGAUUGGCUGUGGGGCGGCUGCGGGGACAACCUGAACUAUGGCUACAGAUUCUCUAAAGAGUUUGUUGACGCGCGGGAGCGGGAGAAGAGCUAUGCCAAGGGAUCAUUCGAAAGUGCCCGGCUCAUGAUGAACCUACACAAUAACGAGGCUGGACGGAGGACGGUGUCGGACCUGGCCCAUGUCUCCUGUAAGUGCCAUGGUGUGUCGGGCUCCUGCAGUCUGAAGACGUGCUGGCUGCAGCUGGCAGACUUCCGCAAGGUGGGCGAGACCCUGAAGGAGAAGUACGACAGUGCAGCCUCCAUGAAGCUCAACUCGCGUGGCAAGCUGGUGCAGCGGGACAGCAAGUUCAACCCCCCCACCAGCCAUGACCUGGUCUACAUCGAGUCCAGCCCAGACUACUGUCUGUCCAACCAGAGCACAGGCUCCCUGGGUACUGUAGGCAGGCUGUGCAAUAAGACCUCUGAGGGCAUGGAUGGCUGUGAGCUGAUGUGUUGUGGCCGGGGAUAUGACCAGUACAAAGCCCAGAUUGUGGAGCGAUGCCACUGCAAGUUCCACUGGUGCUGCUAUGUCAAGUGCAAGCGCUGCACCAAAACCGUGGACCAGUUCGUCUGCAAGUGAGGAGGAGGAGGAGGAGGAGAAGAGUGUGUGUUCGUGCAAGUGUGCAUGCGUGUGUGUAUCCAGAGAGGCGGAAGGAAGGAGGCGAAGAGAGGAAGAAAGAAAAAGAAAAAACUAUAUGAAUUAUAUUUAUAGAGUUAAACAAUUAUACCAUUGCAGAAGACUGAUACUUUCUUUUCCACGUAAUAGUUCCAAAAAAUGUUAUGCCUUCCGAAACCAAAAAUACAGUGAAAUAUUUAUUUUCUGAGAUUAUUUUUGCCCGAUCAUCCAAAGCGAAUUUUUUAUGAAUCCCCAGGCCUGGAGAUCAGCAGUCAUUAUUUUUUAAACUCUCAAUAUGACCUAUAACAAGGUUCCCCAAUAGGUGCUUCCCCACAGGGGAUUUUAUUUCCCCCCCAAGUUUUCUGAGCAAAACAAAAGACAAAUUAUCAUUUUCGUUGUUGAAUUUAAGACUGUAAAAUCACUGGGAAAUCAGCGCAAAGUUAUUUUUAAUUUAGGAAAUCUAUUUCCAAGUAUUCCUACGCAUAAAUAGAGAGAAAUGUGAUUAUUUUCCAAUGUAAUCAGGGUUUGAAAUGAUUCUGUUUUUGCCAAGUACUGUAUCUUUUUGGGAUUCUUGCGGUCAAUUUGCAGUGUACAAAUUAUUUAUAACUAUGUCAGCCCCCUCGACCAUCCGCUCAAGGAAAAAUCGGCCCACGGCUGAAUGGAAUUGGGGACCACAGUCCUAUAGCUUAUAUUUGACUAGUCCAUUGGGUCACCAUGACUGUGAAAUGGGAGCUUCUCUCACGUUUCAUAACUCUAGAUGAGUUAAAUGUUGUGGUUGAUGGAGAACGCUGAAUGCCCACAGUCUUAGCUGUUGAAUCUCGGGCUGCCGGUAAGAGGGGAAUGUUUACUUCCAUAUUUAUGUCACUAUAGGGUGGUUAGACCUAAAUCAAACCUCCAUUGAACAUUGUUAAAUCUGGCUCUAUAGGUAGUCAUUGGCCCCAUCCUAAACCCUAACCCUAGUCCCUUAUGUUGCCUCUGUCUAAACCAAACAAGGGCCUAGGUAGUCAUUGGCCCCAUCCUAAACCCUAACCCUAGUCCCUUAUGUUGCCUCUGUCUAAACCAAACAAGGGCCUAGGUAGUCAUUGGCCCCAUCCUAAACCCUAACCCUAGUCCCUUAUGUUGCCUCUGUCUAAACCAAACAAGGGCCUAGGAAAGUGGGAGUGAUUUGGGUUGGGGUUAGUUCCAUCCUGUAAUGUAUCCCACAAGGCCUAGAUCUUCCCAGGUGCCCCAGCUAGUCCUCCCAAACACAUUCAGCAUAUGCACUUUGACCCCGAGGCCUUACCCCAUCUGUAUGAUUUGUUUGUUUUGAACUACAGUGUCUGUAAUAUACCAUAUUAUAGUCUACUUUCUCCAUAUUAAAACCGAUAUCCACUUAACAUAUAACAUGUUACUUUCAUGGUUUAAAUAUACAGUAUAUGGGCAAUGUUGUGGUUAUGAUGGUGAAAUCCCACAUGUUCUAUAUGGUAUAUAGUAGGUCUAACCAACCAAUCACUUAUUAAAUUGUAUGUAUUUAUUUUCUUUUAUCCAAAUCUCUUAAGCUUCCAGAUAGCGCUGUGGGUUUUUUCUAUUUCAAUAAAUGCAUUUAAAUCCUACACUUUGUUACAUACAAUAUUUUCAGGUUACUUAUCAUUUGUUUUCACAUUUUUAAGGAUAUGUUACAGAUUUAAUUUGGUUCCGCGGCAUUGUUUUUGUAAAGGGCAUUGCCCUUUGUUCUAAAACACCUGUUCAUUGUGUUACUCCUGUCCAAGCCUUCACAAACGGAUCUAGCCUUCGCUUGUUGCCUCAAACUUGUUAAUACCCCUCAGCUCCUACCCCACUAGCCCUGUGAUCAUCUUCAAUAAAACAUUGUUGCUAUAUGUUA